CAUUUACAGGCAUGUGUUAGAAAUUCAAGAUAUUCAAAGCUAUUGCAAAUCCAAUAAUUUGUUGGUUAUUGUAAUUUUAAUCUGUAUCGUCUCUAUGUUCUCAUCGCAAAUACGUUUUUUUCACGUUGUACCCUGUUAAAACUGAAAACGAUGUUUUGUGAGACUGGGGGAUAGAGGAAGUAACCUGGCAACACAGCCUGUCAUACACCGGCGCGGGAAAAUCGUAAACAAAACACAUCGGAAGAAAAGCCUUUGGUGCAGUUCACUGAUAAGUUUACUUAGCAAUAACUACAUAUGUAGGGGUGUUGUCUCUCUGAGUAACUGUUCCUUUUAUUAGAGAAAAAGCAGUUUCCGCUGCUAUAUUACAGAUAUGUUUAUACGUGUAAGCUAACUAUCAUACCGUGUUGCUGCAAGGUUAACUCAUGCCUGACAGACGGUCAAAUAUGUGAUGGUUUCAAGUUAGUUAAAUAAGAUAAGACGUGUUGUCCCACUAAAUGUUACAAUGGAUCGAUACAACGAUGUGAAACUUCAGCUGAAAACCUGGGAGCAAGGGUUUGUUAAAGACCACCAGAGGAAACCUAACAAGGAGGACAUUGAUCAAGCUCCAGAUGAAACCAGGAACCUGUAUAAAGAGUACCGCAGUUUGAAACAAGCCAAAGAAAACAGCAGCAGUGAUGCAGGCAGCGGACAUGCUGAACAGGCCAAAGCUACAGCUGCGGUCAACACACCACAGAAGGAUUCAGACUGUUGGGGUUCCCAUCUGAACCGCAGCUCACAGCCUGCACCUUCUCCCAGACUGACAUCCGAGGACAGAGACAAUCUACAGGCAUCUUCCCAAUACUAUGGCAUGAAACUGAAAAACAACAUAGGGACACUCAGUAAGGAGAGACCUGUCUCACUGAAGAAGUCGUUCGUUCCUGGACGGGUGCCUCUUAACUCCUUGAAAGAUGGACUAACUGGACACACAAACAGCCCUGUUGCUACCCCUGUGAAGAACCCAUUCAAUGAACCCCGAUCCAGCCCCUUCACACCAAGAAGAUUUAACGCUGGUCUGGUUUCAAAGACACCCCAUAAAGUGGAGCCUGAAGAGCCGUGUGAACCCUUUGAAUCUAUCAAAGAUUCUUGUGAAGAACCGACAAGUGCUGCCAUAAGUUUUAGUAGUCCUAGUGUUAUAAGUAGUAAGAGUUGUACUGGUAAAGUUAUUAGUUCACAAAAUCUGAAUAUCUCUUAUCUAGCUCCCUCUCCAGCCAGAUCUUGUGCACUGUUGCCGUCAUUAUCUUCUCCAAGUAGGCCAGGAACUUUAAGAGGAGAUGUAGGAGCCACGGGGAAAUUAAAUGAAAGUAUAGGAACUAUAGGAGACAAAGAAAAAGAUGUGGAAACUUUAAGAACUCCUCACAAGGGUGUUGAGGAGGCAGGUGUUGGAGCUUUGAUCAGCUUGAGGGGAAGCCCUCAGGUUAUUGCUGGUUUCAGAGGAGGAAAAGCAGGAAAGCCCUCUCCUGCCAGCAGACUGAGUUUUGUUGACAAGAAGUGGCUGGAGCGGUGUCAGGUGUUCGGAGAGAUGGGGGCUGAGGUGAAGCCUGGAGCAGGAAACAUGGAGAUAAAUGUGGAUAAAAGAGGAGAGGGCGAAGAGGGAAAAGACACACAAGUUAAAAUACAAGAAGAUGAGAAAGCUGUCAAAGAAGUUGUAGAUGUAGCGCGAGAAAGAAGAGCAUCAAAAGUUUCGGGGAAAGAUAUAGAGCCUAAGAGCAAUGCUCAUGACAAAACAGUCAGCGAAAGUGAACCAGAACCUUCUCUACAACACCCUGGAAAAAGUAAUCAAGGAAAGGACAAAGGAAAAGCAAAGAAGGGAGAUAUUGAGGAGAUGGAAAUAGGACUGACACCACCUUUAACGCCAGAAAAAGACAAUGAGGCAAGUCACAAAUCUAAAGGUGUGAAGAAGAAAGGAAAGAAAAGGCAGAGAGAGGCAGAGCAUAAUGAAGGAGAGACGCCAGAGGAGGGAGGAGUAAAGAAGAGGCGCAAGAAGAAAGAGGAGAGCUCUGUUGGAAACCCCGGCACCGCUCAAGAAGGAGGGAAGAAAAAGAGAUCCAAGAAAAAGGGAGAUGAAGAAGAGGAGGCAGAAGAAGAGAAAAAAACCAAGGAACCAAAAAAGCUUCCUCAGGAGAACUUGUUGGGCGAAAUAGAAGAGGACUAUAAAGCCAGAAGAGCGUAUAAAACUCAGCCUGCCAAAGUCAAAGGCAUGAAAGGGGCAGAGGGAAACUUUGUGAAGAUAAAUCUGAAGAAGAAAUCUCAUGUAAAAGGAUACGCUCUCAGAGGUGCUGGUCUACGCAAACAGAUCUAUAUGGAGAAGUUCCAGCUGAAGGGCGAACGUUUCGGUGGACAUGGAUUUCUUAGCAGAGGAAGAGGGGGAGGUUUCAGAGGGGGAGGAUUCAGAGGAGGUUUCAGAGGGGGGAUGAAUCAGUCGGGGGACACCUGCUACAAGUGUGGAGGGACCGGACACUGGGCCAUAAACUGCAAAGGACCAGCCCCUCCCCCCUCUGCUGCUGACCAUCAGCCCGAUGAGGAGGAGCCGUUUGAACUGCCCACCCUGGAGGAGGUUGCUAGGGCAACAGGCACACUGCAACCUCAGCCAACGGCAGCGUCUUCCAGUACAGCAGAGGAGCAGCCGUCCCAGGAUAAGCAAGGGGACAGUAACCUUAAAGACGAGGUGUUGCUGAAUGUGAUUCGUCCAGACUAUGAGCGUCCUGUUGCUCCACCUCCAAUGGAACCACUAUUUCCUCUCACAGAUGAUGGGAAAGUCCAGGAAGCGCCUCCUGAGCUGUAUGAGGCUCUGAAAGAACUCGGCUAUCAGUCAUUUAGACCCGGACAAGCGGAAGCCAUCAUGAGGAUACUGUCAGGUCUGUCUACCCUGGUAGUGUUGUCAACGGGGAUGGGUAAAUCGUUGUGCUAUCAGCUCCCAGCCUACAUGUACGCUAAGCGAUCAAAUAGCAUCACUUUGGUCAUUUCCCCUCUAGUCUCGCUGAUGGAUGACCAGGUGUCUGGCCUGCCAGCCAAUCUGAAGGCAGCCUGUAUUCACUCCAACAUGAGCAAGAAACAGAGGGAAGCUGCGAUAGAAAAGGUGAAGGCAGGUGAGGUGUGUGUGUUGCUCCUCUCUCCGGAGGCUCUGGUGGGGGGAGGCGGUUCAGGUUCAGGUUGUCUGCCCUCUGCUCAGGAUCUCCCUCCUGUGGCCUUCGCCUGUAUCGACGAAGCUCAUUGCGUCUCAGAAUGGUCGCACAACUUCAGACCCUGCUACCUGAGACUCUGUAAGGUACUAAGGGAGCGUUUGGGAGUGCAGUGCUUGCUGGGACUCACGGCUACAGCCACACUGUCCACUGCUCUGGACAUCGCACGACAUCUGAACAUCAACGAUAAAGACGGCAUUGCAGUCCGAUCUGCAGCAGUGCCUCCUAACCUGCACCUGUCUGUGUCCAUGGAUAGAGAAAAAGAUCAGGCUUUAGUGUCCUUGCUGAAAGGAGAUCGUUUUGGUUGUCUGGACUCCAUCAUCGUCUACUGUACUCGAAGAGAGGAGACUACUCGCAUUUCAGCGCUGCUCAGGACCUGCCUGCAAGGAGUGAUCCUGAAAGAAAGCAAAUAUAAGAACACUAACAGUCAGGCACAACACAACCCUGUGGGACAGAAAAAGAAAGACUUGGCAAGGAAGAAGAUUCGUAAACCUCUGAAAUGGCAGGCGGAGUCGUACCACGCUGGCUUGUCCUCUUCAGAGCGCCGUCGUGUCCAGAACAACUUCAUGUGCGGGGAGCUCAGACUCGUGGUGGCCACUGUGGCGUUUGGCAUGGGCCUCGAUAAAUCUGAUGUCCGCGGUAUCAUCCACUACAACAUGCCUAAAAGCUUUGAGAGCUACGUCCAGGAGAUUGGGAGAGCAGGAAGAGAUGGAGAGCCCGCACACUGUCACCUCUUUCUGAAUCCCGAGGGGGAGGACCUCCAUGAGCUCCGUCGUCAUAUAUACUCGGACACAGUGGACUACUUCACAGUAAAGAAACUGGUCCAGAAAGUUUUCCCUCCAUGUAAAUGUAAACAGAUUCACCAGAAACAACAGGAGCUUGAACAGGACAUGGAAGAUGCGGAGAUGAUGGAAAUGAUGGAUAUGUGCGACCAGGAGAACCUGAACCCUCCUAAUCAGCAGGACUCAGAACAUACAGAUACACCAGAACAGUCAACUGCACAGGAGUCAUCACAUCCAGAAGCAGCAGAGCUACCUCUCCAAGACUGUAAAGAUGAAGAGAAGAAAAUGGAGUUGGAGGAGAAGAAAGAUGAGCAGAGUGUCGAACACGAAGAAGCAGACAACUCGAUAAAGCCCAAGGAAGGGGAGUCGAAAGAAGAUGAUUGGCUAAGGGACCAGGAAGAGGAGGGCAGUGAUUGGCCCAAAGAGCGGGUCUGUCACACGCAUGAGAGAGCGAUUCCCAUGGAAGCAACUGUGGAGGCUCUGGACAUCACAGAGGAAGGUGUAGAAACGCUGCUCUGCUAUCUGGAGCUGCAUCCCCAGCGCUUUGUUGAACUGCUCCACCCCACGCUGUCUGUGUGUAAAAUCGGCUGCUAUAGUGGACCCAAACAACUCCAGAAACUAACUAAAAUUUGCCCUCCCAUUGCUGUGGUGUUGGCCAGAAGGCGCAUGGCGGGCGAGCGGGUGGAGACGUGUGAUCAGCUGGAGUUCGACGUUGUUGAGGUUGCAGACACUAUGGGAUGGCAGCUAUCUCUUGUGAAAAGAGGACUCCGACAGCUGCAGUGGUCCUCGGUCGGAGGCCGUAGCGGUGUCAGCGUUGAAUUGUCCUCCAUAUCGUUCUACUUCCGAUCCUUUGGCGACCUCGAUGAUGAGGAGAUGGACAGAGUUUGUCAGUUCCUCUAUAAUCGCGUCCAGAGCCAGGAGAAGACGCAGCUCUACCAGCUAACCUCCUCCUUCAAGGCCUUCAAGAGCGUUGCGUUCCCCAGCGCAUCGUUCUGUGUCGACGACCUGGAUGAGAGUCGCAGUGUGAGGCUGAAAGAGCUGCUGUCCGAGUACUUCGACAAGAGGCGAGACCUAAGCCAAAUGCUCGCUCCGGUGUACAUCGAGGAGCUCGACAAAUAUAAGGUGUCAGACUGUGAGAGUCACAUCAGAGCAGACAUCAGAAGUUUUCUUUCCAACCGGAGUGAUGAGAAGUUUUCUGGAAGAGCUAUUGCUAGAAUCCUCCACGGCAUAGGCAGCCCUUGUUAUCCUGCUCAGAUCUACGGCAGGGACAGGCGCUACUGGAGGAAGUACAUCCAGUUUGACUUCAACCAGCUCAUCAGACUGGCCACUCAGGAGAUCAUUCACUUCAAGUGAGCGACAUGAUGUGCACACACGUAAACCGGUGUGCAUCAAUCACUUACUCACUUAUGAGGUCGGGUUUUAUUAGAUUUGACCAGAAAUACCGUUUUGUAUAUAAUAUCACGUUUAUACCAUCAUGUUGAAUUCAUUUAUCUGCAGUGGUUCCUACAAUGUUUAGUUUGUAUACAUAUAGGAAGUGUACAUUGGAAAAAAUGAUGUGGUCUGUAAUAAAAAAUAAAAUAUUUGUAUUUUUCUA